UCAGUAUGUUGCGAACGGAGGUUCUUAGGGCAGCCGCCCACUCCGAGCUCGCUCUCUUUGCGUCUGUGCACCUGCUGCUGGACCCGUCCCCUCGUCUCUUUGCCGCAGGCCUCACGCGUCCAUCGAAUUUUCAGGAUGGCAGCUGUAUCAGACGACUUGACCUGGUUGUUGGUCAAGAACAACAAUAGGUUCUUGGUGAAGAUGAAUGGGAACAACAGCAACAGUGUUCAAUUCAGCUCAGAGCCCAACAACCUUUACAACUUGAAUACCUUCAAGCACUCAGGGUUGGCAAACAAGAAAACUGUGGCCAUUGCACCUAGUGAGGGUCUUUCAGUGCUCCUGACCACAACCAAAACCAAGAAGAGAUCUCAACCCGCGAAGUCGAGUCACAACUCUCUUUUGAAGAAGGAUUUCCGCAAGAUGGCGAAGGCUGUUGUCAACCAGGUCGCCACUAAUGGGUACAGGGCCGAUUUGAAGUCAGCUGCUUUGGCCAGGUUGGCUGCCGUUCACAAGAGCUUGCGUGUAGCCAAGGCUGGUGUCACCAAGAAGAAAUCGAAGUCCAGAACUCCGGCAAGGAAGUGAAGUGCCUUAAUGCCUUGAAGAUGGAGACUGCCAAUUACUGGCUUUGUAUCUCCUUGAGUGGAUAUCACGGUUUAUACGAUUGCCCUAAUUUCGACCAUCCAAUUUUUAUUCAUGAAAAACAUAAUUUGGGUAAAACUGAUGUUGGUGAGUACAUGUGGUAAUAUACUAUGUCUCGUGGUCUAAUCUAAGUGCCUUAUAAAUCGUUACACUUUUGUA